AUGGGCAGCAUUUCUGCCGAAAGCCUCAACGAGGCCUCAACAGCCCCUACACCACAUGAUGGAGUCGCCAAACCAGCCAGUUUCGACGACCGAAUCCUCGUCGUCGGCGCAGGCAUCGGUGGUCUCAGCGCUGCAAUAGCUCUGAGCCGUGCAGGCUUUAAGUCAGUGACAGUCCUCGAAGCAAGGGACGAUCUCAACGAAUUCGGCGCAAGCAUCGGAAUCUGGCCAUUCGCAGCCAAAGUGCUCCAAUCGUACGGACUCGAGGCGCUUAUGAGCGAGUACGUCACGACAAGCGAUAUGACAGAGAUUCGAAAUGGCUACAACAACGAGAGUCUCGGGUAUCUGGCUCAGAAUGUUGCUGAUGUGAAUCGCAUUCGAUAUGGUGCGCCAUCAUGGGGAAUCCAUCGCGUCGACUAUCAACGAGUGCUAGCCGAAGGUGCACGUCGACAAGGCUGCGAUAUCAUCUUCAAUCAAAAGGUUACGAGGGUGAAUGACGAUCCACUUACAGUCUGGUGCAGGCAUGGUGGCGAGAAGAACGCGCCCGACACACCCUACCGCGCGGACCUAGUCGUUGCUGCAGAUGGUUUGAAUUCAGCGGUGCGGAGCAGCGUUGUCUCUGAUGCCAAGUUCAAUCCUAGUCCUGAGAUCUCGUUCAGGUGCAGCGUCCCCAAAGACCGAAUGAGGGAUCACCCACUUCUCAGCCCAUUACUAGAGAACGACAAUCCCAAGUUCUGGGUGAUGGAAGGAAAGUACGUACUCACUUGGCCGUUGCCGCCGCAGCGCGACUUUGACGUCGUCGUCAACAUAUCAGAUCCGAGUGCUGCAAUGCCUCCCGAAGACGGCUCAUGGGGUACCAGAGUUGACAAGGAGACAAUGAUCAGCCAGUUGGGUGAAAUGAGUCCGCUUAUACGUGCACUACUCGACUCGGUCAGCCAGGUGGUCCAGUGGCGCACCGUUGAGGUCCUUCCGAUAAAAACCUGCCGCUCGCCUUCUGGUCGGAUCGUUCUGCUGGGCGACGCUUUCCACGGCAUGUUUCCGCACAACGCCUGUGGUGGGUCCUCAGCAAUAGAAGAUGGCGCCGUCCUAGCUGAGUGUGCGGCUUGGGCUGCUCGGAGCAACAGAUCGCAUCUGGAUGCAACGCAGGCCUACGAAGAUCUGAGGACACCGCGCGUCAGGCGAAUGCAAGAACGCUCACGCGCUGGAGUAGGAUUUCUGAGUGCUGCGGGAGAUGCCUGGGAGCGGAGGAAUGGUGCAUUGGCCGCGCAGAGGAUUGCGAAUGACAUCGAUAUAAGGAGAACUGUAGAGGAGAGGCGAGCAGACAGGCCCAAGCCGGAUAUGGAUGCGCCAUGGCCUAGCACUGAAUAUUUGCAGUGGUUGAAUGGUUAUGAUGCCGUGCUGGAGACAAGACGUUACCUCGCGGGAGUGGCGUGA